AUGAAAGAGUGGUCCGCGGGGUCAUCAAUCACCAGGGUGAAGGGGAACGCGGCGUCCCCGGCGACCAGCGCCUGCAGCUCGCGCACCUUCUCCCUGAGCGGCGCGUGCUCCUCGGUUGCGGAGUCGCCGAGCACGAACGGGUACGCCUUCUCCAGGCUCUCCACCAGCUUGCCGAUGAGCCCCUCCACCGUGGUGAAGGCGGCGCCUAUGGUCCCCGGCGACAUCUCCACGUCCAGGUGGUUGACCCGGACCGCCGCCGUCUCCGAUAUGAUCACAUCGCGAUUCAAGUCGUCGACGGACUGCACUGUCAGCGUCCAUCGCCUGGCGUGGUCCUUGUAG